AUGAACCAGAGAGAUAGUUUGGAUGUCUUGCAGCAGGUUUGGGAUAGAGCAAUGCUUCAACAGAAAUUUAAAUCCAAACCAUUCAAUAUAAUGCUCAAUGAAGACAAUGAGAAAGUGAAUUGGAGGAAUCUAAUCAAGUUUAAUCAAACAAGGCUUAGAGUUGUCAUUUGUCUUUUGCUUACUUGCCACGGUAAUCUUGCUACAAAGGAUAGGAUGAAGCGAUUUGGAAUGUUACAGGAUAACUUGUGCAAUUCGUGCAAGAUAGAAGAAGAAUCCAUAAACCACCUCUUAUUCAGCUGCAGCAAAACUAAGGAUAUUUGGAGUGACAUGCUCAAGUGGGUGGAAGUGAACCAUAUUUCCCAAAAGUGGAAGGAUGAGAUUAGAUGA